UGAAUCAAUAGAAUAACGGUAGGAGUAUAUUUGAACUCAAAGUAUAACGAGGGGUAUAUUUGACCAUUUUCUAAUACUUUGACCCUUUUCCGUACAAAAAAAAAAAAAAAGGGGUGAGAAUAAAAGGGUUAAGUUUAUAGAGAAGAAGAGAAAUAAAAGGAAAAAAGGAUUUAGACAUGGGGAUAGAAAAAGGGGAAAAGAGAGGAAGUGGAGGCCUAUGAGAGUGAUUGAUUUGAUUGUCCCACCCCGCCCUGUCUGUAUGUAUAUUGGUAGGGUACGUGCAAGAGUCUCCUUUUUCAUUUGCUUGCAGCCAUAACGUUACUACUUAUAUUAAUUACACCCUCCCUCUCUCUCAAAAACAAAAACCAAAAAAAAAUCAUUCGUAGCUCUUUCCCCCCCUCCUCCACCAUCAUUAUAUAUGUGUCUGUCAGAUCUAAUAUUGGGAGGAGGCUAUCCUAUAGCAUCAGGUUCAUAUCUCUAUUCCCAUCACUUUUGAAUGUUUGUUUCAAUCUGCAUCAACAUUCCUCACAUUCUAUUCUAUCAAUCCAUUCUAUAAUAACUUGACCUGCCCCAAAAUGAAAAAGGCCUUUGGUCAAACUGUCAGGGACAUCAAGAGAGGGGUGAACAAAAAAGUUCUUAAGGUCCCUUCCGCAGAACAAAAAGUGCUUGAUGCAACUAGCAAUGAGCCCUGGGGUCCUCAUGGAUCACUUCUUGCAGAUAUUGCUCAAGCUUCAAGAAACUAUCAUGAGUACCAAAUGAUUAUGGCUGUAAUUUGGAAGCGUGUCAGUGAUACUGGAAAAAAUUGGCGGUAUGUUUACAAGGCUUUAACUGUUUUGGAUUAUUUAGUAGCCAAUGGGUCUGAGCGUGUUAUAGAUGACAUAAGGGAACAUGCAUACCAGAUAUCUACAUUAUCCGAUUUUCAAUAUAUCGACUCUAGUGGAAAAGACCAGGGAUGCAAUGUUAGGAAGAAAUCUCAGAGUCUUGUUGUUCUUGUAAAUGAUAAGGAGAAGAUACAAGAAGUCCGCCAAAAGGCAGCUACCAAUAGGGACAAAUUCCGUGACCCAUCAAUGGGUGAUAUGCAUCGAGGAUAUGGUGACAGAUAUGAAGAGGAUCAUUAUGGAGGCAGAGAUGAAGAGAGAAAUGGUUAUGGGAGAGAAAAAGAAUGGGAUUACAGAGAUGAGGACAAAUAUGGUAGGUAUGGUGAUCCAUACAGCCGUGAUGGGGAUCGCUAUGGUAGAGGUUAUGAUGAACGCAGCCGAGAUGGAAACAGGGAUGAUGAUCAUCGUGGAAGAAGUCGGAGUGUAGAUGAUUAUAGUAAUGGCUCAAGAAGUAGUGACAGAGACAGGGAUCGUGCUUAUGAUGAUGAUGGUCAAUAUUCUUCUAGAGGAAGCGGUACAAGGGCUGAGGAUCGCUUUCAAGAUGGAAGUGUUAAUGCCAUGCAGCUUGAAAGAGGAUUUUCUGAACAAAACCUUGAUGCACCUCCCAGUUAUGAGGAAGCUAUUGGUGCGUCACGAAGCCCCACACACAGCGAAAGGAAUGUGGAAAUAGCUUCAGCAUCUGCUCCUAAAUCUUCUUCUCACGCAAUUGGAAGUCCAAAACAAGAAACCACCCCUGCUCCUGCACCAGCUGCUGCUUCAUUGCCCAUUCCAGUACCAGUUGCUGCUCCACCAGAGAACAAUGAUAUUGAGAGCUUUGAUGAAUUUGAUCCUCGGGCUUCUUUCUCUGUGACCAGGGCUCAAUCAAAUGGUGCUGUGCCAACUACUACCAUUGGCACUGAAGUGGAUUUACUUGGCUCCUUAUCUGAGCAAUUUUCUUCUAAUUCUUUAGCCCUUGCAUCAGCAACUACAACCACCUCUGAGGUUAAUCCUUUUGAGACUAAUGUUUCUGGACCCGUGUUUGGCGGAGCAUCACCUGCAUCUUCUGUCACUAACCAGAUGUUUGAGGAUCCUUUUGGUGAUGGUCCUUUCAAAGCUGUACCAACCUCAGACACAGUGCAAAUUCAGCCGCAGAGCAUUUCUCCUCCAUCUUUCCUUCCUAACUCAAAUCAAAGCCCUGAACCCCCAGGCCCUCAGAGUGCUGAGGUCCCGAAUACAAUAUAUGCAUCACACAAUUAUGCUCAUCAGGAGUUGUCCACAUCCAACCACGAUAUUGAUAUAUUGGCUGAUAUUCUCCCGCCUUCUGCUCCUUCACCUUCUCUGCAUCCCUCUAAUGACCACGCAACCCCAAGUGGCCCACUUGCCGCACAGGCAGGUUAUCCAUCUUACAGUGGGCUAGCUGCACAACCAACAGGUUAUGCAGCUACCCAUGGUCAGGAUGCUUCACUAACAGGUUUUGCAGCUCAACCUGGUUUACAGUCACCACAAACAAGUUAUCCUAUCCAUGGGCAACCUUUUUCUCAGAUUGGGUUUUCUGGUCAAACGAGCACUUCUCCAUCUCUUGGUGGUUAUUCAGUUCAACCUGUUCAAACACCACAGACAAGUUUUGGGCUGCAAAGUGGUCAACCUGCAUCUCUUAAUGGCUUCCCAUCUGCAUCGGGUUCCUUUCCCCACCCUGGAUUUCAGGUCACUGCUAGUCAGUCUCUGCAGACAAAUACUAACUUUGGAGGUUACAACACAGGAUUGGGAUCUAUAGGUUCAGUUAGUACGCAAAUGGGAUUAUCUCCUGCUGGACCAUCUAUCCUUAUGCAGCCAGCUACUGCAUCCCAUAUGCCUACACAAAUGAAUCUUCCAUAUUCACAAAAUCAAACAAGUAACGUGUCAAUGCCCCCACAGUCGGCUCCAGUUUCAACAACUCUCAUCAGCAGCAACCAAUCAGCCAAUGACAAAUUUGAGAUAAAAUCUACCGUUUGGGCCGAUACACUGAGCCGUGGAUUGGUCAAUUUGAACAUUUCUGGAUCUAAGACAAAUCCUUUAGCUGAUAUUGGAGUUGAUUUUGAUGAUAUUAACCGCAAGGAGAAGAGGUUGGAGAAACCUAGUACAGCACCCGUGACAUCGACUGUUACCAUAGGCAAAGCAAUGGGUUCUGGUAUUGGUCGUGCUGGUGCAAGUGCUCUAAGGCCUUCAUCAAAUCCAAUGGCAGGGGCUGGCAUCGGCAUGGGUAUGGGUGCUCCUGGAGCAAGUGCCAUGGGAGUAUAUGGAGUAAACCAGCCUAUGGGGAUGGCUAGACCAAUGCACAUGGAAAUGGGCAUGAACAUGGGGCAAGGAGUACAGAUGCAACAGCCAACUGGAUUUCCUCCUGGUUCCACCUUACCAGGAGGUUAUAAUCCCAUGACGGGCGGAGGUAACUAUGGCCAACAAUCAUUCGGUGGUGGAUAUCAAUGAGCUUAAACCUGUGAAUUUGGGAAGACCGUUGAAAAGAAAUGCUGUUUUGAUAGAAUCCAGAAUGUAUUCUAGUGAAUAGCCUGUUGAGCUCAAACCAUCUGUUGUAGAGUCGAUACUUUUUGGGUAUGGCAUGUAGCAUUUGCAGAUAAGAGGGUAGUUGUAUCUUAGUUCUUUCUUUCAGGGUUGUUUUGAAGUUGCAUUACCGAUGUACCCUAUUUCGGUCAGAGAGCGCUUGCAUAGAUGACUUUGCACAUCUUUAAUUUGAGGAUCACCUAUCUCAUGAGUCCUUUUGGCAACUUGAUUCAUUUGUAUACAUGUAGAUUUGUUGAAGGAAGGGUGGAAGAAGUGACUUGAAGGAUCAAGGGCAGUUUAGUAAAUUCCUUAUGGUCUAGUCUUAACUACUUCACAAAGUUAGUUAUUGUUAGGAAGUUAGUAAGUUAGUUAUGAGAUGGUUAAGAGUCAUUAUAUACACUGAUUGUAUUGUAUUGAAGAUUAACACAUUGAAUAAGAUUUUCUCUUUCUAAUCUCAA